AACAUCAACAGCAACCGCAACAGCAGCGCAUCAACAACAACUACAGCAACAAUAGCAGCAGCAGCAACAACAUCAUGAACAACCCCUAUUGCAAUCGGCGGCUGCACACCAGCAGCUACUAUGCCACCACAUUGCUGGAUGCGGCCGCCUAUUGCUAUGAGACUGUGAUGGAUGCCACACACUACAAACUGCAAUCUGUGGCAGCAGCAGCGGCAGCAGCUUCAUCAUCGACAACAACAAUAACUGGAACAACAUUGCACUCACAUCAACUGCAGCUGCCCGGAUUAGCCAUGCCCACGUUGGUGACCGGUGUUGGAGCAGCUGGAGCAAUACCUGGAGCUGGAGCAACAACCAUCGGCAGCAACAGCACCACCACCAACACCACAACAACAACGACGACACGCACCUACCUGGGCAUGUACAAGCGCUGGCAGCAGCAGCAGCUGCAACAGCAGGCGCAACUGCAGCAGCAACAGCAAUUGUUGCUGCUGCAACAGGAAUUGCUGUAGAUUGUGCCCAAGGACGUUAAGCGCAACACUGCCAACAGUUAACGAGCUCACUUGCUGCAUCUGUUGUUGCACUUGGAGAGGAAGAGCAAGAGCGACAGAAAGAGAGAGAGAGACAACAACAAUAACCAGCAAGAACAACCCGAAGAAUUUCCACUGACGCCUCUGAAGCAAAGCGCGCCGCAAAUGCAUAAAAAAUUAA